CGCACCAGCAACGAGGCUAUAUGGCGCCAGCCGCCAAGUGGUAUGCCUAGUUAGUGGUAUAUUUGAUAUUGACAUGGACUGCUAGUGCACUGCUAGUGCCCACUUAAUACAUAUCAACCAGAUAUGUCACCUGCCUAUAAGCAUCUGGCAAGCCAAAUAUAGGUGGCUUCCCAUACGAUUGCUCACAAUUUUCAUUUUCCUUUGCCAUGACUAUUUAGUAUUUUUGGACAAUGUGUUCAAGGAGCAGGCAUAUACUGAUACACUGUUUCUCUAUUGCACUGUUCUACAAAACGAUAGUCUGUGAGGUGCAGUGGUACACAGUAGUUCCAGGGACACACUGAAAACACAAGUAAGGCAACUUGAAUGAAAAAAUAACCCUUUUACUCCAUAUUAUUUGAGUAAAAAUGUCAAAAAGAAAUGCAGUGGCAUUUGUAAAGCCUCCUGAGCCUGCAUUUCUGACAGCAUUUAAGAAGAAAGCUGGUUUCAAGGAAGGACCUUCAGUUGAUACAAAGCACGAGGAGCUGGCAUUCGAUGAGAACCAGACGGACCGAGAAGACGAGAAACCGACCGUGGUGGUGCUCAAACCAGGAGAUCUCACCGAGCAAGAGGCAGAGGAGGCUAAAGAGGACGGCGCCCAGGAGCUAGACUCCGCAGAAGAAGACGACAAGCCCCCAGCCGACGGGAAGAUCCGGUUCAAAAAGCCGAAAAAGCGCUCCAGUGACGAUGCAGCAGAACAGGAGCAAAAGAAGAAGAAAGCCAGCUCGUCCAAGAAAGUGAAAAACGCAUCAUUGCUAUCGUUCAACGAAGAGGACGAAGAAGAUGGCUGACCGGAAGGUAGUUUUUGGCUUCACUUUACCCCAACGCAUCGUCAUUCAUCAAUCACACGAUUCAUGGCAAUCAUAAUCGCUACAAGUGCCCAAAUAUACGCUAUCUGUAUGUGAA